UGGCGAUGUCCGGGUUGUUACGCCGUGUUGUCGGAAAAAACUUUGAUAUAUUUUUGUACAAUGGCUCGUUGGGUUGUCAAGUGCAGCAGACUCGCGCUACGCAGUCCUUCGUUGUUAUUGACAAACCAAAACCGGGGGUGAAAGGAAAAAGUUACCGGAGAUUCGUGCAUUUCGAGGACAAGUACACAGUGAAACCUCUUCAGGUUACCAAUCUCGCUGGCAGAGAUCCCAUUACAGGGAGACUAGUAGCGAUAGGAAUAGGCGGUGGAAUAAAACACAAAUACCAUUGGAUAAAAUGGAACCGAGAUGGACCAACUGACCCAUCACUGCCACCUAAAGAGGAAAAAGUCCUAGAGGUAUUUAAAGACGGCUGUAGGACGUCAUACGUCGCUCUAGUAGCCCACGACAAAGAGCUGAGCUACAUCCUAGCCACCGAGAACAUGAAGCCCGGCCAAGUGAUCCGAACUUCCAAGGGAAUUCCUCGUAUGUCUGUGAGAGCUUUCGAAGGCGACGCUUAUCCCCUUGGCGCCCUGCCUACUGGCACGAUAGUAAACUGCGUGGAAAAGUACCCAGGUCUCGGAGGUUUCUUGAUCCACGCCGCUGGGACCUACGGGACGAUUCUCCGUCGCGAUGGCGACGACCGCGUAAUAGUCCAGAUGCCCAGCAAGAAGCUCUUCAGCCUCGCAAGCACCUGCAUGGCCACCGUGGGAAGGCUCUCGAAUAUCGAUCACGGCUCAACACCCAUCGGCAGCGCCCAGAGAAAUCGAGAGCUGGGUAACCGUCCUCGCAGUGGACUCUGGCAUCGCAAAGAUGGUCGGCAUGGCAGAAAAAUUCGUCGCAUUCCACCUCCGAUACCUUUUACCACCAAUGAGGACUACAAAAAAAUAAAACCUUAUUGUCUUACGCACUCUGCAUUCAACACAAAUCAAGAUGCCAAACACAAGCCGACUGUUCCUGUUAAAGAUUACGCUGUAUAUUAAUUUAAAAAUUAUAAAUUACUAAUUACUGUUCAAUAAAUAAAAAAAAAUUUAAGUAA